AUGGCUAGCAAGGCAGCACACAAGCGCCUGACCCGCGAAUACAAGACCAUCGCACAAAACCCACCCCCCUACAUCACGGCACACCCUUCAGACUCAAACAUUCUCGAGUGGCAUUAUAUCAUCACCGGCCCGGAGAACACUCCCUACCAUGGCGGUCAAUACUGGGGAACACUCAUCUUCCCUUCAAACUACCCCUUCGCUCCGCCAGCCAUCCGCAUGCACACUCCUUCCGGCAGAUUCCAACCCUCCACCAGGUUAUGCUUGUCCAUUUCCGACUUCCACCCCAAGAGCUUCAACCCCGCGUGGGAGGUCAGCACCAUCCUCAUUGGUCUGCUCUCCUUUAUGACCAGCGAGGAGAUGACCACCGGGUCCAUCUCCGGCACAGAAAGAGAACGCAAGUACUUGGCGAGGCGCUCCAGGUGGUGGAACUCCACCGGAGGAGGCUCACAGACCAAGGCCGCGCAAAAGGGCAACAUCAAGGCGGGCGACGGCGGCGUCAAGUUCAGGGCAGAGUGGCCCGAAGUCGACGCCGAGAACAAAACCUGGAUGGCUGAGAACAAGAUCGAUUCCGCCACCGGCGAGCCCGUCGGAGGUAGCAACUGUGUGCCACAACUGGGCAUUGCGAAUGCGAGCGGUCAAACACAGGCUGUAGUGGAUGCCGUCGUACAACAGCGGGACGCCGCCGGAAGAGGCUGGAUGUCGAGCAGGUGGUGGAUCGCCAUAGGCGUCAUAGUGCUUUACACUGCCAUCGCAAGGUGGUUAGGUUGGGACGCUGAACAGCAGCCCCGGCAACGCUUGUAA